ACGGAAGAAGUAGAACAAAUAGAAAUACAGAUGUUUUUUCACUCCGCUAAAGCGAUGUAGUUAUUGCAUACUGUCAGCGAACUGUGUUUAUGAAGAAAUGGAAAGAAUUAGGGCCAGACUGUCUCUAAACAGAAAAUCGGCACUCUCUGUGCCUGUUAAGCUCAGGAAAAGAAAAUCAAAACUAUAUAGCAAAGAGGACGCGCAUGUCCAGUUUCAGAAUGGUUUAUUUGGAGUCGGUAUCAAUGUGACCCUCUUUAUUGUGGCAUAUCGCCUUGUUAACUGCCUGCUGGUCCAGUCAAGCUUUGUUCCCGAUGAAUACUGGCAGUCUCUUGAAGUUGCACACCAGCUGGUUUUCAAAUAUGGAUACCUAUCAUGGGAAUGGACUGAAGGAAUAAGAAGCUACUUGUACCCUCUCUUCUUUGCAUCCAUUUAUAAAAUUUUGCAUUUUCUAAACUACGACACGGUUCAGCUGUUGGUGUGGUUGCCACGUCUGGCACAUGCCUUUUUGGCAGCACUGGCAGACAUAAAGCUGUACUCCCUGAUCAGAGGACUGGAGCAUUCGGGAGUGGCCAGAUGGGUGUUUGUCUCGCAGCUCUGCUCUUGGUUCACAUGGUACUGCUGUACACGGACCCUCACAAACACUGUGGAGACCGUCCUCACCACACUGGCCCUCCACUAUUACCCUCUCCACGGCUCAAAAGUGCAGGACAGUUCAAAAUACUUGGGUCUGGUGGCGUUGGCAGUCAUAAUUCGUCCUACUGCUCUUAUUGUGUGGCUGCCUUUGUUGGGAUAUCAUUUCUUGAGAGAAGAUGAUAAACUGAAUCUUGUAACACACCGUGUCUUGCCUGUAGGGGUUCUGACUCUUGGGAUUUCUACAGUAAUUGAUUGUAUAUUUUAUGGCAAGUGGACCCUGGUCCAGCUAAACUUCCUGAAGUUUAAUGUGUUUCACAAUGUGGCAGAGUUUUACGGGUCUCAUCCCUGGCACUGGUACCUGACACAAGGAUUCCCAGUUGUUCUAGGCCCACACCUCCCUUUCUUCCUUCAUGGAUGUACAUUGGCUCCACAGCGAUACAGAAUAUUGCUGGUAACAGUCAUCUGGACAAUAUUGGUUUACAGCUUGCUGGGACACAAGGAGUUCAGGUUCAUUUAUCCCGUGCUACCCUUGUGCAUGGUGUUUUGUGGCUUUUCUUUGGCAAGCCUGAAAGCCUGGAAGAGGCCAGCAGUGUGUUUACUGUUCCUGUCAAACCUCCUGCCAGCUCUGUACACAGGACUCAUUCAUCAGCGUGGGAGCCUGGAUGUCAUGAGCCAUAUUCAGCCUCUCUGUGAGGGCAAGUACUCCUCUUCCACACCUGAGCCCUUUGUGUACUUCCUGAUGCCCUGCCACUCCACUCCAUUCUACAGUCAUAUCCACUGCCCUAUAAAAAUGCAAAUUCUGCAAUGUCCACCAGACCUGACUGGAAAUAAAAGUUAUGUGGAUGAGGCAGAUUUAUUCUUUGCUGACCCAGAAGGCUGGCUGAAAACUGCUUUUCACAACGAGGCCUCACUGCCUUCCCAUCUGGUGUUUUUUGAUGUCUUGACAAAGGAAAUUUCUUCAUUUUUGGAAGUAAAGCAAUAUGUGAAAAAGACAGAGGUUUUUCACACUCACGUUCCUGAAGGUCGUGUUGGAAGAAACAUCUGUGUAUAUGAAAGAGAAAGACUGUGAACAGAUUCCUGGACACCUGCUGCUGUGACUGCAGCGUGGGAUCCCACUUACCACGAGAGACAAUUUCAUCUUUUUCCAAGGGGUAGAUACUAUUAUUUUUGUACAUUAUGUAAACUAAGAACUAUUUUUGACAAGAUGUAUAGUUUGCUUUUUUUCCCUUGUCAACAGUUGUAGAUGCAAUGCUUAAAAUAAAGGGAUAAUAAACAAAAAGCAUUUGUCAAGAUGGUGGCCUAGAAAAAGUAUUGCACUUUAAUGGAUUUUCACAAAUUUAAUUGCAAUCACUAAACUUAACUAUUCUUAAUUUAUGAGAAUUGUUUAGAGCCUUAUGCUGCAUGAUAGUGUUGUGUAAAAUAUGCAGUUCAUAAACUGCUAUACUACAAAUAAAUUAAAUUACACACAAUUUCUUAAAACAUAUCAUUUUAAGUCAAUUACCUUAUUCACAUAUAUGCCACAAAAAUACAACACCAACAAACCCUUCAUCUUUUUAUUAGGUCAUUUUGUGAAGUGCAUUCUAUUUCACCAGCAUGACAGCAAAGACAGACCAGUUCUGUUCACUUAAGGAGCUUACUAAAACUACACUUGGAAUGUUACUGAAAACAAAAA